AGCUCCACUGCGAUGGCAGUUGGCGCGCUGUCCAGUUCCCUCCUGCUCACCUGCUGCCUGAUGGUGGCUCUGUGCAGCCCGAGCAUCCCGCUGGAGAAGCUGGCCCAGGCGCCCGAACGGCCGGGCCAGGAGAAGCGCGAGCACGCGUCUCGGGACGGCCCGGGCCGGGUGAGCGAGCUCGGGCGCCCGGCGAGGGACGAGGGCGGCGGCGGCCGGGACUGGAAGGGCAAGGGCGGCCGCGGGCUGGCCGGCCGGGAGGCGUGGAGCAGGCAGAAACAGGCCUGGGCCGCCCAGGGCGGGGGCGCCGGGGCCGGGGACCUGCAGGGGCGGCCCCGCGGGGACACCCCGCACCAAGAGCCCCCGGCCGCCGCCGCCGCCGCCGCCGCCCAGGACGCGGUGGGCCCAGACCCAGAGCCCACGCCCGAGCUGCCGGAGGAGUACGCGUACCCGGACUACCGGGGGAAGGGCUGCGUGGACGAGAGCGGCUUCGUGUACGCGAUCGGGGAGAAGUUCGCGCCGGGCCCCUCGGCCUGCCCAUGCCUGUGCACCGAGGAGGGGCCGCUGUGCGCGCAGCCCGAGUGCCCGCGGCUGCACCCACGCUGCAUCCACGUCGACACGAGCCAGUGCUGCCCGCAGUGCAAGGAAAGGAAGAACUACUGCGAGUUCCGGGGCAAGACCUACCAGACCCUGGAGGAGUUCGUGGUGUCGCCGUGCGAGCGGUGCCGCUGCGAGGCCAGCGGGGAAGUGCUGUGCGCGGUGUCCGCGUGUCCACAGACCGAGUGCGUGGACCCCGUGUACGAGCCCGACCAGUGCUGCCCAAUCUGCAAAAACGGCCCAAAUUGCUUUGCCGAGACCGCUGUCAUCCCCGCUGGGAGGGAAGUGAAGACGGACGAGUGCACUGUCUGUCACUGCACCUACGAGGAGGGCACCUGGAGGAUUGAGAGGCAGGCCAUGUGCACCAGGCACGAGUGCCGGCAGAUGUAGGACUGGCCGCACGGACCACAGAUGUUUUCUAGGAUCCUUUCCCGAUCUAUCUGAACGUUCUGGAUGCCUCUGGGAAAUAUCGACCGAAAGGAGCAGACUUUUG